UGGUUGGAAGGGGCUAGAAAAGCUCGCUUGUUCACCUGACGUGAUAAUUCACUGGCUUCGGAGGGGCGGAUGGAUUUAUGGGGAUCCCACUGGUCUGGGCUGGACGAUCUUAAGAGCCGAACAGGGAUUCCUGCCCGAAGACCUGGUGAUCCGGAUGCCAGAUUGGAGAUCGGUCACCACCCCCUGCAGCCAAAGAGAAGCCAGAAGCAUGGCAGGGAAGCCCCCCAAGAGGCCCUCCAGGCCCGGGGUGAGCGUGCGGCAGCUGGUGGAGGACAUCCCCCAGGGCUGCAGUGUGCCCGACUUUGAGCAGAAGCCUGUCACCUUGGCGCUACAGGAGGGGAAAAAUGCCAUCUUCCGGGCUGUGGUCUCUGGGGACCCCCGACCCGAGGUGCGCUGGCAGUGCUCCAAAGGCGACCUCAGCAAUUCCAGCAAGUACCAGAUCUCGUCCAGCCCAGGCGGAAAGGAGCACGUACUGCAGAUCAACAAGCUGACAGGUGAGGACAUGGACGUGUACCGCUGCACAGCAGUGAACGCCUACGGGGAGGCCACGUGCGUGGCAAGGCUCACGGUCAUUGAAGUUGGCUUUCGGAAGAAUCGCAAGAGGCAGGAGCCCCAAGAGGACCUCAAGAAGGAGCUAAUGGACUUCCGGAAGAUGCUGAAGAGGGCUCCGUCUCCCGUCCCUGUGAAGAAGGUAGACCAGGAGCAGGUGUGGCAGCUGCUGAUGAACGCGGACCGGAAGGACUAUGAGCAGAUCUGCCUGAAGUACGGCAUCGUGGACUUCCGCGGGAUGCUGCGUCGGCUGCAGCGGAUGCGCAAGGAGCGCGAAGAGAAGCUGGCGCCGUAUGUCAAUGCCAUCGCCAACCUGAGACACAUCAGGGUCAACAAGAAAGGAAUCGCAACGUUUGACCUGGAGCUGGAUCUCAAGAGUCCUGAGAGCAAGAUCUACCUGUACAAGGAUGCCAAGAUGGUCCCGUAUGGCUUCGACAACCAGACCAAGCACUGCCUGCAGCACCUGGGGAAGCACUAUCAGUUCCAGAUCCACGACCUGCGGCCUGAGGACGCCGGCAUUUACCAGGUCCGGAUAGAGGAUGCUGAGGUCUUCUCCACGGAACUAGAGACCAGCGCCAUCCCUCCCCGGGUAGUGGUCCCGCUGGCUGAUGUCCACUGCCAGGAGCACGGUGACGCCGUCUUUGAGUGCACACUCUCCAGCCCCUGCCCCAGUGCCUCCUGGACUUUCCAGCACCGGCCGCUCCGGCUCAGUGACAAAUAUGAGGUGUUCGUGUCCACGGAUGGGCUGACCCACCGGCUGGUGGUGAGAGGGGCCCGCUUCGCAGACAUGGGCAUCUACUCCCUGGGCACCAAGCUGCAUGCCUCCAGCGCCUGGCUGGUGGUGGAAGCUGGGAAAGAUAAGAGCCUUCCAACCACAAGUGCUGACCACCAGCUGCAGGGCAGGAGAGAUGGCAGGGAGGGCGAGUCAGACAUCCUCAGUCAGAGAGACGCUGCCCGGAGUCCGAGAUCCAGACACAAGCCUGGAGCUGGUGGCUUCUCCAGGGAGGCUGGAGGCUCCUUCGGCCACUUCUCCCAAGGCCUGGCUGACACGGAGGUGCAGCACGGAGAGACCGCCGUGCUCUCCUGCACCCUCACCCGCGACCUGGGACCUGGAGCCUGGUUCAAAGAUGGAGUCAAGCUCAGUGCCCGAGAUGGAGUGGUCUUCGAGCAGGACGGGCUGGCGCACAGUCUCCUCAUUGCCCACGCAGAGGGGACCCAGGCUGGCAAGUACAGCUUCGUGGCCGGGGACCAGAAGAGCGAGGCCACGCUGACCGUCCAUGAUCCCCCUGUCAUCGCUCCAGACGUGGCCGAGAAACUCAAGGAGCCGCUGGUGGUCAAGGCCAGGAAGCCGGUAGCCAUGAAAGUCCCCUUCCAGAGCCGCCUCCCGGUCCAGGCUACCUGGAAGAAGGAUGGGGCCGAGGUGGCGAUUGGCGGCAGCAAGGGGGCCCAAGUGGCUGUGGGGGACAGCUUCACGCGGCUGUGUCUCCCCAGCGCCAGCAGGAAGGACUGUGGCCAGUACAGCGUGACGCUGAGGAGCAAGGGCGGCUCCGUGCAGGCUCAGCUCACCCUGCAAGUCCUAGACAAGCCCCAGCCCCCGCAGGGCCCCCUGGAGGUGCAGGACUGCCAUGGCGCUGGCGUCUGCCUCCGCUGGCGGCCCCCGAAGGACGAUGGGGGCCGGGCCCUGGAGCACUACAUGGUGGAGAGGCAGCAGGCCGGCCGGAGCACCUGGUUGAAGGUGGGCGAGCCCCCCGCGGACAACACCACCUUCACGGACCCCCACACGGAGCGGGGCAAGAAGUACACCUUCCGCGUGCGGGCUGUGACCGCCGAGGGGCCUGGGGAGGCCCUGGAGUCCAAGGAGGUGCUGGUGGCUCCUGACGCUCUGCCCGGGCCCCCUUCUUCCCCAACCAUCCUGUCAGCCUCCAGCCAGAGCAUCACACUGUCAUGGACCGCACCUCGGGGCCCGGGCAGUGCCCACAUCCUGGGCUACCUGAUCGAGAAGCGUAAGAAGGGAAGCCACACCUGGGCAGCCGUGAACCAGCAGCCGGUGUCCGAGAAGACAUGGACAGUGGCAGACCUGCGGCAGGGAGCUCAGUAUGAGUUCCGCGUCACGGCCGUGGCUCCUGCUGGCCUCGGAGAACCUGGGCCCCCGUCGGAUGCUGUCUUUGCCAGGGACCCCAUGAAACCCCCCGGGCCCGUGAGGGACCUCCGAGUCACAGACACGUCACACACGAGCAUCACCCUGAGCUGGGCCCGACCGGAUGCCCAGGAUGGGGACGAAGCCCAGGGCUACGUGGUGGAGCUGUGCAGCUCGGACAGCGUCCACUGGACCCCGUGCCACACGGGCACCGUGUCUGGCACCACCUUCACCGCCAAGGGGUUGCGGCCCCGGGAGGGCUACUUCGUGCGGGUGACAGCAGUGAACGACGGUGGCCACGGCCAGCCCGCCACCCUGGACACAGUUGUGCAAGCCAUGCCCGUCACUGUCCGUCCCAGGUUCCUCCUGGACGCCAGUAUGAAGGACCCACUGAUGGUCAGAGCUGGGGACACAGUUCGCGUGCCUGUCCACUUUGAGGCCGCCCCCAUGCCGGAGGUGACCUGGCUGAAGGACGGCUUACCCUUGCCUGCCAGAAGUGUGACCUCCGCUAAAGACGGCCUCACCCAGCUGCUGGUCCCUGCAGCCAGCCUCGCGGACAGCGGCCUCUACACCGUGGUGCUGCGGAGCCUGCAGGGGGAGGAGGCCACCUACAGCUUCCGCCUCAGGGUGGCAGCGUGCCCACGGGCCCCGGGGCCCAUUGUCCUGAAGGAAGUCACUCCAGGCUCUGUGACAGCUGAGUGGGCACCGUCCCCAGAUGAGGCCGAGGCGGGGGCCACCCCACUGCACUACACGGUGCUGACACGCUCCUCGACCUGUGCAACCUGGCGCCCCGCAGCCGAGCGCCUGCACAACUGCCGCUUCACCCUGGUGGGUGUCCUCCCAGGCUGCGAGUAUCACUUCCGCGUGGUGGCCAAGAAUGAGCUGGGCACCAGCGAGCCCUCAGACACACGCCACCCCUGGGUCGUCCCAAAGGAGCAGCCAGACAGGGGCAGGGUGAAGCACCCGAGCUUCCGGGAGCCAGACCUGAGCCAGAAGCCACGCUUCCUGGUGGGGCUGCGGACCCACCUGCUGCCCCUGGGCUGCGAAUGCUGCAUGACCUGCGCUGUGCAGGGCUGGCCCCGGCCCCACGUCACCUGGUUCAAGAACGACCAGAGCCUGGCAGGGAACCCUGCCGUGUACAGCACCGACGUGCUGGGCGUGUGCUCCCUGGUCAUCCCCAGCGUCUCCGCCAAGGACAGCGGCCAGUAUAAGGCCGUGGCCGAGAACACGCUGGGCCAGGCGGUCAGCACGGCCACCCUCAUCGUUGUAGAAUCUGACUCCUAGCCUCGCCUCACCCCGGAAAGGCCCUGCCCGGCCCCACGACUGCUGGAGGACACCAGGUCCCCUCAAGCUUCACUCCUGACACCGUGCGGCUGGGGAGCCAGUCCCAAAGGACAGAGGGCGCAGCAGUGCCAGAGCCCCGGGCACUUUGGGGAGACAAAGGAGGACUGUCCCUGAAUGGGGUGACAGCGAACCUCCUACUCCCGAGCUCAGAGGGCGCGGGUCUGUCUGCAGGAUGGAGGCCACGUCCUUGUGGCCGGAGGGCAGGACGAGCUGUACCUCUAUGACCCCAGUGAGGGCGGGGGGCUCAGAGGAUCUGGGUCAGAGCCGGGCAUGGCGGGCAUGUGUGUGUGUGUUUGUAGGGGUGGGGGAUGCUUUCUGUGCUUCUUUUCAAUAAAGCAUUGGCUGGUGUGAA